AUGACAGACGAGGGUGAACUGCAAAAAUCGAAGGAAAUAGUUGAUCAAAAUGCAGAAACGGUGUGUCUUAGAGAUGAUAGAGAGAACUAUAUUCAUUACGUUAAUAAGCUAUGCCUUUUUCUUAGUCAUGAAGAACCCAGUCUACAAGUUUCUUCGCUUAAUAUUCUACUAGAGCUUCUUAAAACGGAAUCUAUUCAUCUUACUACUUCUUCCGGAACUUACCAUUUUUCAAAUAAUCACUUUUAUCGCGUUGUGGAAGGACUUAUUGAUAAUGAAAAUUUUAGUGAACAUUUGCAAACAGAAUUUAUUGAGAAAUAUUGGAAUAAAUAUGAUGACUUAAGAUUUUAUUUUCUAAAGAAUGCUGCUAAGAUAAUCAAUUUGGCCACGAAUAGUGGAAAGCCCAAAGAUAGAUCUGGACCUAUAUCUAAGACUUUCGAAAAAGAUGAAGAAGAGUUUGACGACGAUGUUGGCUAUGAAGACGAUGUUGCUCAUGAAGACAAUGUUUCUUAUGAAGACGAUGUUGUUUAUGAAGAUGGUUCUGUUUAUGAAGACGAUAUGGACGAUAAAAAUCCUUCUAUUAAGAACAGUACAAAUAGUAAAGAUAAAAUACCUCAUAUAUUACAAUUGUCUAGUCAUCAUCGAGUAUUUUCAGAUUGCUGGUUGGCUCUACUUAAAUUACCGAUGAAACAAGAAUCAUAUAAAAAGAUUCUCUUGAUCAUGCAUAAUAAAAUAAUUCCUCAUAUGUUACAGCCUACAAUGUUAAUGGACUAUCUGACAGAAGCAUAUAAUGCUGGCGGUGUAAUUAGCCUUUUAGCUCUCAACGGCCUUUUUAUCCUUAUUAACGAACAUAACUUAUAUUUAUACUACCAACAAAUUAAUAAUACUCAAUAUACAUAUCCUUAUAGUCAUCUUCCUGUCCAGCUUGUCGCAUCGUUUAUAAAAAGGAUGUCCCGUCUCUCGCUUACAAGUCCUCCUCAUGGUAUUGUAAUAUUGAUACCAUUAAUUUAUAACCUCAUUAGGCGUCAUCCGAGUUGCAUGGUUUUAAUACACAGACCUUACGAAAUAAAUUCUAAAGACGGAGGGCAUAUUAAUAGUAUUUCGGAAGAUCCAUACAUAUUUGACGAACCGGACCCAAUGAAGAGCAACGCUAUUGCUAGUUCAUUAUGGGAGUUAAAAACUUUGCAAAAUCAUUAUCUUCCAAAUGUUGCUACAUUGGCAAAGAUUUUCCAAGAUAAAUUUAAUAAACCAUCUUACAAUCUUGAAGAUUUUUUAGAUCGUACAUAUGUGACGUUAUUUGAAGCUGAAAUUAGUAAAAAGCCGAAAAAAGUGCCUGCUCUUGCUUUCGAAAAACCCAAAUUCGUCUUUCCUGUAUGUGAAAAUAUAGAUCAUACAGAACCAGUAGAUGCUGAAGAGAAGGAAUUAAGGAAUGCUAGCAUAAUGAGGGGAUGGGAAAUUUUUCGAUUUUAA